GAAUAUUCUCUCUCUAAAAGUUGAAACUGUUAGUCUUCUCCUCAAUUCGCAAAUUUCUCAACUAUAGAGACUUUUACAAUUCAUUAGGAUUUGCUGGGUAUUCAUAAUUUCUCACUUUAUAAUUCAUUUCAGUUUCCGAUUCUUAGAAUAAUGAUGAUUCUUCUUCAUCUUCCUCAAUUUCCAAUUUCUAUUACUCUGUUUUUCUCGAUCUACAUUUCAAGUUUUGCAUUCGGAUUUGAAGAUGGUUCAUUUCAUUGUAACAAAACAAUACGAACUUGCGGAAACACAUCUCUCUCUUACCCAUUUGGAUUCUCCAACAGCUGCCCCAUCAGCUUGAACUGCAGCGCCGCCGCCGGCGACGGCAACGGCGACGGCACCAUAACCAUAGGAGAAUUCCAAGUACAGAACGUCACCUCCGAUAGUAUUCUAGUCAGAAUCCCAAUGAAUUGCAGCCGUUCAAAUUCUGAUAUCUACACACUCAUCGGCAACAACUACGCAAUCGACCGGCAAAACGUCCUCCUCUUUGAAGAUUGCAAUUCGCCGCCGGAGAAAUGCUUAAUACCGGAAAUUAUGUCGGAAAAUAAUACUAAUUUUCAGAGUAAUUGCAUACAGAAUUUCAGUAAUAUCAAUUGUUAUACGUUUGAUAAUGGAACAAGUGGGUUUAUCAGUAAAGAAGAUUUUCAACGGCCUGAUUGUCGGAUUCUGAUAACUUCGGUCGCCGUCGAUAUUCCUAACACGUCGAAUUUCACGACGAGUUCGCCGGUAUCUCUCCGAUUUCAGUCGUUGAAACUUGGGUGGUGGGUUACUGGGAAUUGUAACUGCUCAGAAAACGCGACUUGUUUUAAGGUAAUCACCGGAAAAGAAGACGGUUACCGUUGUCGGUGUUUGGAUGGUUUUGAAGGAGAUGGGUUCGCCGGCGGCGGCGUGCCUUGCCGGAAAGUUAAAAAUUGCCCUAAAGGGUUCUCAGUUGGCCAUUGUGGUGAAUCAACCAAAACAUUUAUUCUCAUUGGAGGAAUUGUUCUUGGAGCAGCUUUAAUGGCAAUUACAGCAUUUCUAUUCUUCAUCAUCAAACGAAGAUCCAAAUCAUUAAAAACCCAAAAAAGUGCAAAACGCCUUCUACAUGAAGUUGCAGGCAAUUCAACUGUUCAUCUCUACGCUUACAAAGAAAUAGAGAAAGCAACCAACUUUUUCUCCGAAAAACAAAGAUUAGGAACCGGCGCUUAUGGCACCGUAUACGCCGGUAAAGUUUUGAAAAACGACGAAUGGGUAGCCAUUAAAAAGAUCAGAAAUCGAGAUUCCAAUGGAAUUGAACAAGUCAUGAACGAAAUCAAGCUUCUAUCUUCCGUUAGCCACCGUAAUCUCCUCCGUCUACUCGGUUGUUGUAUCGAAAAAGGCGAACAAAUACUAGUCUAUGAGUUCAUGCCAAAUGGGACCUUAUCAGAACAUCUACAAGGAAAAAAGGGUAAACCCUUAACGUGGACUACACGUCUCACAAUCGCGACGGAAACGGCGCAAGCCAUCGCGUAUCUUCAUUCCGCGAUGAACCCUCCAAUAUUCCAUCGCGAUAUUAAAUCGAGUAACAUAUUAUUAGAUCAUAAUUUCAAAUCGAAAGUUGCAGAUUUCGGACUCUCUAGAUUUGGUAUGGAAAACGAUUCAUACAUCUCAACCGCACCUCAAGGAACUCCGGGUUAUGUUGACCCGCAAUAUCAUCAAAACUUUCAAUUGUCUGAUAAGAGCGACGUUUAUAGUUUUGGGGUGGUUUUGAUGGAGAUUAUAACCGGGAUGAAAGCCAUCGAUUUCUCCCGUCCCCACACCGAGGUUAACUUGGCCGCUCUCGCAGUCGAUAGGAUCGGGCACGGUCAACUCGAUAAUAUAAUCGACCCUUUCCUUGACCUAGAUAGCGACGCAUGCACACUUUCGUCGAUACACAAGGUUGCUGAAUUGGCAUUUAGAUGUCUCGCGUAUCAUCGCGAUAUGAGGCCUUCGAUGAUGGAAGUUGCUGAAGAGCUCGAUCAAAUAAGACUUAAUGCAUGGGCAUCAAUGGACGAUACUAAUUCAUCGACGACUUUCGCUUGUUCAUCGCCGUUUAAUGGGAGCGAGAAGUCGAAUAGUAGUGGUGUUUCGCUUAAGAUUGGCGGUGUGACUAGCAAAAUGUUGUUUGUUAGGCAAAGGCUUGUGGAUUGUCUCGUUUCUUCUUCGGAGGGGAAAGAUGACUCUCCGGUUUCGGUUCAGGAUUCGUGGAAGAGCGAGCAAACCUCGCCUUCCGCAAACAGCUUGCUACGAAAUGUAGUUCAAUAACGUUGUUGUCUAUUGUUCGAGUUCAUCCUAUCAUUUGGUUGAAUUAUUGAUCUCGAUAAACAUUUAUUUUCCGAGAAGAUUGGAGGAUUUUAAAAUCAAAUAUUUGAGUUUAUUUUACAAUCGUUUACAUAAUUCCUAAUAUUUAUGGAAUGAAAUACUAUAUGUAGCAACAUGUAAUGUAAACCUAAUUUUAAUUUAUUGUAUGUGGAUAUGAAAGGGUUUCUAAUAUAUGAUUAAUAAAGUA